AUGGAGCUUCCGCCCGAUGCCCGGCGGGGCAAGAGCCGCGCGGCGGCCGUGAGCCCCUUGGUGCUGCGCGAAAUCGUCGCCGUGCGACGCGCGCAUCCCGAGCUCGCGAACGAGCACAUCGCGACGGCCGUCAACGCGCAGUACGGCACGCGGCUCGGCAGCAGCGACAUCGAUCGACUCUACCGAAAGGCCACCGUCGAAAGCAGCGUAGGGAAGAACAAGUUCGUUCGUUAUAAGAACGCGGAGCUUGAGGCGGAGUUAGCGCGGUGGACGCGCGAGAGGCGGCUCCGUCUCGAAGCGAAAAGGGCGGGGCGGGGGAAGGGGGAGGUCCAGAGGUCAAGCAUCGUGGCCUUCCUGCAGAAGUACGCGCGGCGCAUCGCAGAGCGGUUCGGCGUGCCUCCUCUAUUCGAGUUCGAGCGCUGGUGGUGCAGCGAAGUGCUGCGCGACGCGGGUCUCGACGAGUGCGGCGAGGAGGUGGGGACGCGCUCGGGGGACGAAGUGGGGACGCGCAGUGGGAACGAGGCGGAAACGCGCGACGCGCAGGGGGAGAAGCAGGACGACCGCGUCGCACGCGAUAACGGCGAGGCGUCAGACUCCGCUAGUGCCGGCGAAGACGGCUCAGGAGGAGCUGCGGCAGGCGAGCUGAGUGCGGGCAGAAGCGGCGGGGGUGAUGAGGGCGGAGAGGUCGACGAGGCGCCGCAGGUACCUGCGGGCGCACCGUCGUGGGCGCGGGGCAGCGCCGUCGCGGCCAUAUGCUCCAUCGGCGGAAGCAGCAGCAGAUCGCGUUACGACGGGAUCGUGACGGCCGCCGUGCACGCGCGGUACGGGCUGUGGCUCAUGCCUAAACACGUCCGCUACAUCGUCCAGGAGAGCCGCCGCUGGGUGCGCGCGGACGCGGGGGGGAGCGCGCCGGGCGCGGCGGACGCGGGGGAGGGCGCGCUGGAGGAGGCAGUGGCGCGGUGGGUGGUGGCGGAGGAAGAGGGCGCGGGGCGCGCUGUGAGCCGCGCGCAGCUGGUUGGCAAGGCGAGGGAGCUGGCAUGGGGGUGCGGCGUGGAGGAGGGGCGGUGCACUGACGCAUGGGCGAGCAGGUUCGUGCGGCGGUAUGGGCUGCUGCUGCUGCGCCUGGCUGAGGCACGCAGGGGCGCCGGGGAGGGGGCUGAGGGAGGGAGGGCAGGAAUGGGGAAGGAGGGCGGAGGGGCAGGAGGUGGAAGUGAGAGUGAAGUGGAGUGGUGGCGGAGAGGCAGGAGGAGGCUGAGGACGAAAGUGAGGCGCACGGGAACAGCGAGUGACGAUGAGGAUGCGGAGGGGGAGAACUUCGAGGAGGAGUAUGAAGAGGACUGGGGGGGGUACGACGGCUGCUGUGCUACUGCUGGUGGUGGGGCGAGCACGAGCACGGGGUCAGAGAGGGACAGGCGGAUGGGGCUGCUGGCGGGGGUGGAGAACCCGUACCGCCAUGCACGCGCUCUGCUCAUGAGCCUGGCUCGCCAGGAGGGCGCCAUGCUGCCCUCCCACGUGCUGGAGGAGGCCGUUCUGGAUGCGGGGCUGCUGGAUGCUGGGUUGCUGGACGCGGGGCUGCUGCCCCCAGCGCCAGGAGCAUCACCAGUGCCAGCGCCACGACGAGACGGCCAGGUGCAGCGUGGCGAGCCACCAGCGCCAGCAGUGGGCCGUGGGGAGCCUGUGAGCCGUGCUGUGUCGCAGGGAGAGGCGGGCGAGAGGCAGGGGGGGGCAGACUUGGGGAGAGCAGGGGAUGCUGGCGGUGGGAGAGGGGAGGGUGAAGUGGGUGGCGCCAGGCAGUCCCCAUCUCCUUGGCAUGAUGAUGCAUGGCGCUCCGUGUCCCCCCUGCCCGCCAUGGGCAGCCCCGAGCUGCAGGCGCUGCAGAGGGAGGUGAGCAGCGAGAGCGUUGUCCUGCCCCACUUCCACUUCCACUGCCUGCCACCCGCAUUCCAGGGCAGUGGUGGCGGGGGAGAGGGGGCAGGUGAAAGGGGGGGAGAGCGAAGAGGAGCAGGAGGAGGCGAGAGCGGAGGUGUGAGCAGGAGGGAGGAGGUUAAAGGCAGUGGAGAAGGCAGGGCGGCAGGGGAGGAAAUGGCGGAGGAGGAGGAGCAGGGAGAGGGAGAGGAGCAGAGCAGGCAGGUGUACCUGGUGUGUGGAGAUGCAUCAUUGGGCGUGGUGGUGGAGAGGCAGCUGCCGGGGCUCAUUCUGAGUCACAUCAGAGCCAUCUGCCUCGCCGCCCUCGCCCGCCCCCACCUGCCCCACGCUCAGCUGCUGCACGCCAUUGCCCAGGCCUGGGGGCUGGCGCUCUCUCCCCUUCACUUGCGCGCCAUCCUUGCCCAGACCACUAGGUGUGCCUCCCUCUCUCCCUCGCCCGUCCUUACACCGCCCGCGCUCCUCCCAUGCUCGCCCUCCACCAUCUUUCCUCUCCCACUCUCAUCUCUGUAUCCCAUCUACUCACCCCCACCUUCUCCACCCUCCCCUACGUUCUCCGCCCCCCCCUCCUUUCCAACCCCCCACCACCCUCCCCCGCCCCCUUCCACCCACUCUCUCCACCCCGCGUCCCCCUGCAGGUGGAUGGUACUGCCGGGGGGCAUCACGAGGGCCGGGGUGGAGGGGCGGGUGAGGGAGCGCGUGCAGAGGGAGGAGGGGCGGCGGGCGGGGCGAGUGGAGGUGGUGCUGCUGCAGUGGGUGCAGCAGCUCUCCGCCACCAUCCUCCUCGACCGCGCCCGCUUCUCCUUCCCCCCUGGCUUCCGCUGGGGCUCGCCUGCUGCUGAACCCGCCACUGCUGCUGCUGCUGCUGCUGCUGCUGCUGCUGAAGCCGGCAGUGCUGCUGCCGCCGGUGCUGCUGCUGAUGCUGCUGCUGCUGCUGCUGCUGCUGCUGCUGCUGCUGCUGCCGCUGCUGCAACUCCUGGUGCUGCUCAGAGUGGUGGCGGUGAUGAUGGUGGCACUGCCGCUGCUGCGGGUGGGGUGAUGGAGGAGCACAUGAAGCGCCUCUUUGGCCCACUGGAACCAGGAGUGGCGGCAUCCACCACCGCCGCCUAUCCCAAUCCCAAACCUGGGGGCACCAUGAGCGCACGGAUGGGUGGGAGCCUGCUAGGGAAGCACGGGGUACCGUUCAUUCUGACGCGCCCCAUGCUGCGCCAGGCAGCGCGCCGCAUCGCCCUGCUGCUCUACCGCAGCAGCAGGGGCUGCCCCCGGUUCGAGCUCAACUGGUGCCGCCGCUUCCUGUGCCGCUUCGAGGCCCUGCGGUCGCUGGCACGCCUGAAACUCAGUGAUGGUGUUGAUGCUGGUGAUGGUGGUGGUGAUGGUGCUGGUGCUGGUGCUGGUGAUGGUGAUGGUGCUACAGAUGGUGCUACAGAUGGUGCUACAGAUGGUGCUACAGAUGGUGCUACAGAUGGUGCUACAGAUGGUGCUACAGAUGGUGCUACAGAUGGUGCUGCGGCCAGUGAGCGGCAAGAGGAGGUGUGGCUAAGGCAUUUCCUGCAGCGGGUGGAGAGGCAUGUGCAGGAGUUGAGAGAGGUGGAGCGAGGUGGGAGAGAAACGCGUGGAGCAGAUGAAACGCGUGGAGCAGAUGAAACGCGUGGAGCAGAUGAAACGUGUGGAGCAGACGAAACGCGUGGAGCAGAUGAAACCCGUGGAGCAGAUGAAACCCGUGGAGCAGAUGAAACCCGUGGAGCAGUUGAAACCCGUGGAGCAGAUGAAACGUGUGGAGCAGAUGGUUUGGGUGAAGCUAGACUGCAAGCAGGAGGAGAAGCGAGAGAGGAGGGAAGUGGUGGAGGGAGGCGAAGUGAGGGAGGAUACGAACGAGAUGGGGACGAGGGAGGGCAGGGGAGAGAGGACGAAACGGCUGGCGAGGUGCUGUCUGAAAAGGAGGCGGUGAAGGCACCGGUGGCCGUGGGGGCAGCAGCAGGCACGGCAGCAGCAGGCACGGCAGCAGCAGCACUGGUGGUGGCGGCGGUGCGGCGGGCGCUGUGUGAGUGGGUGGCGGAGGGGGUGGUGGGGCGGCGAGCAGACGAGGAGGAGGCGCGGGAGCAGGCAGUGGUGGUGGGUGCGGUGCAGGCCACGUGGGGCGUGCAGGUGGGCGAGGAGCUGCUGGCUCUGCUGUGGCAGCAGCGCUCCCAGCUGCUGGGCGACGGGUGGGAGGGGCGGAUCAGAGCACGGUUAGCAGGUGUCGUGCAGCAGAGGGAGAGUGGGGAUGGGGAGAAGGAGGAGGUGAAGGCUGGGGAUGAUGGUAAGGGGCAGGUGGGGCAGGAGAAGGGGCAGGUGGGGCAGGAGAAGGGAAAGGUGGGGCAGGAGAAGGGGCAGGUGGGGCAGGAGAAGGGAGAGGUAGGGCAGGAGAAGGGGCAGGUGGGGCAGGAGAAGGGGCAGGUGGGGCAGGAGAAGGGGCAGGUGGGGCGUGAGAAGGGGCAGGUGGGGCAUGAGAAGGGGCAGGUGGGGCAUGAGAAGGGAGUGCAUGGUGAGCCCAGCGCGGUGCUGCUGCAGUGGGUGGCGUGGCGGGCCGUGCGUGCACUGCUGCUGGCACUGGACGGGCCACAGUGGCACGGCAGGCUGCUGGCACGCGUGGCAUGCAAGGUGUGUAGGGGGGGUAUAUGCAGGGCCGGGCAGGACCACUGCACCGUGCAUGCGGUGAAGCAAGGUGCAUCUAGGGACGGGCGGGGUCAGCGCACGGUACAUGUGGCGGCGGAAGGUGGAUGCAGGGACGGGAAGGGCGAGCAGACAGUACAUGCAGUGGUGGAAGGUGGAUGCAGGGGCGUGCAGGGCCAGCACACGGUGCAUGCGGUGGGGCGAGGUGCAUGCAGGGAGAGGCAGGGCCAGCAGACGGUACAUGCGGUGCCGCAAGGUGCAUGCACGGGCGGGCAGGGCCAGCGCACGGUGCAUGUGGUGGCGCAAGGUGUGUGUGGUGGAGGUGGAGGGAACGGGAAGAGGAGGCGUGCAGGGGAGGGAACGUGGGUGCGAUGCGUGCGACGAGGAUGCUGGUACUUCGACCGCAGUGGGAUUGCUGAUGCUCAUGCUGGUGAUGGUGGUGAUGGUGGUGAUGGUGGUAAUACUGAUGAUAGUGAUGAUGAUGGUGGUGCUGGCGAUGGUGGUGGUGGUGGCAGUGGUGCUGGCAUGGGAUUAUGGCCACACAGUGAUCACCCAGUGCGAGUUCGAGCCGACCCAGCAGGGUGGCAGUACAGCGCAGCGCCUGCCUGCCAGGCACGGCCGAUUGCUCCCCGCCCCACCCCGCCCACGGCAGGGGCAGUGUUGGCAGGUGCAGGAGCAGCAGCGACGGUGGGGAUGGGGGUGGGGCCAGUGCAGCACGGGCAGAGCACAGCAAUGGGUGCAUGGGGUGGCGCAGAGACAGCAGCAGCAGCAGCAGCAGCAGCAGCAGCAGCAGCAGGCAUAUGGCAGCAGGGGAACGCUACUCAGACUGUAGCAGCAAUGCAUGCUCGCUCACACGCUCUCACCACACCAUCAGCCGCUUGCCCCAUGCCUGCUUCUCUGCCCCUACGCUUCUCUCCUCUGCAGGCAUUGCAGCUGAUUCAGCAUCUCAUGCAGCCACUCGCAGCACAGGGCUGCUCUCAGCCCACCCCCACACAGCCCUGCCACCCAGCGGCCUAUCUGCCCACCUCUUAUCAGCCUGGAUCCUAUCAGACCACCUCAUGCCAGCCCACGUCUUAUCAACCCACCUCUUAUCAACCCACAUCUUAUCAACCCACCUCUUAUCAACCCACCUCUUAUCAACCCACCUCUUAUCAGCCCACCUCUUAUCAGCCCACCCCUUAUCAACGCACCUCUUAUCAGCCCAGCUCCCGUCCGCUUGGCACACCCCAACAAAGUCGUUACCAACACCCCAGUGCUUCCCAACAGCACCUUCCCCCCUCUCACCUUCCCCCAUCUCACCCUCCCCACUCUCACCUCCCCCUCUCUCACCUUUCCCCAUCUGCUCGCGUUGGGGGUCAGGGAACGGGAAGGAUGGAGGGGAGGAAACAGAAGUUGAAGCGAUUAAAUCGGGCAUCUGUAGAGGUUCGGUUGGAGGGGCGGGCAGGGAAACGGGCAGCUAAAGGAUCGGCUUUUCAGAAUGCAUGGAAGAAGUUGAUGGUGCGAGGGGGCGAGGAGGGCGAGGAGGGUGAAGAGAGAGGUGAGGAGGAGAGGCAGCAAGACAGGGGGAAAUCGAAGCGCAAUGGGAAGCAGAUGAGGGUUACAUGGGGGGAUGCGCGCAAGGGAGUGAAUGGCAGGCGGGAUGGAGAGGCAGGGUGUGAUGGUAGAAAUAAUGGUGGCGAUGGCAGUAGUGACAGUGAAAGCAGUGCGAGUGGGAGUGAGAGCGAGAGUGGGAGUGAGAGUGGCAGUGGGAAUGGGAGUGGGAGUGGUAGCAAGAGUGACGGGGUGAAGGAGGGCAGCAGUGAUGAGAGCGCGCAGGGAGGGAAGAGCAGGCGAGCUCACUCAGGUGUCACAGCAGGCAGGGGGCAGCAGGCAGGGGGAGGGGGAGGGGGUGCAGGCAGUGGGGUGAGCAGCAGCACAUGUGGCGCCGGCAGCAGGUGGGGGAGGUUGCAUCCAGGGCUGGAGUUCUUUGUGCAGCCAGAGGCAGCAGGUGCCAUGCAGGGCACACCUGGGGAAGGUGCAUCUGUGCCACUCCCUCUCUCCCAGAAUCUGGCUGAAGCAGUGGUGGAGACGGCACUUGUGGCGGCAGCAGUGGCCACUCCUGCUGCCACUGCUCCUGCUGCCACUGCUCCUGCUGCCACUGCUGAUGCUGCCACUGCAGUCAUUGCCAGGGGGAAAGCAUUGGGCGAUUGUGACACCAGGAGUGGUGAGAGCCAUGGGGGGGAUGAAGACCUCAAGCAGGCAGCAUGGCUCUCAUCAUCCACCCGGGAUGGCUGCCACUGCUUCCGAUGCUGCCAUGGCUUUGGUGCUUCAACGACUGCAGUCAACAGUGCAGCUUCAACCGUCAAUGCCGAUUCAGGAGGGGAAUUGGCUGUUGCAAUAUCUGUCAUCAAAUGUGCAGCAGGUGCAGCAGCAGCACCAGCAGCAGCAGCAGCAGCAAAAGUGGGAGCAGCGUAUACACCAGUUGACACAAGCGCAUGA